UUCUUCAGCCCAAAAAGAAAAAAAAAAAAAGAAAAAAAAAGAGAGGAAUUUUUCAAAAACAAAAAAAAAAUUUUAUUUUUCUUUUUUUUUUUUGUUUAUAUAUAUUUAUAAUUGUUUAAAAUAAGUUUUUUGAAUUCAUUCUUGUUUUGCACCUCAUACCUGAAAGUUCAUUUACUAUACAUACUAUAUAAAAUUAAAAGAGGAGAAUUUGAAAAAAAAAAAAUUUUAAAUUAGUUUUUAAUUAACUUAUAACACGCAAGAUGGCGCGUGUUUUAAAGUCAGUUAGUCUAUUUUUAGUUUUAUUUGCAAUUGCAACAAAUGCACAACGUGUCAAAAGACAAGACGAUGAAGAAGGUGAACAAGCAUCAAUUGAUGAAUUAUGUCAAGAUCGUCCAGGGGAUGAAUAUUUUAGAUUAACAACAGAAGGAGAUUGUAGGGAUGUUGUGAGAUGCGACAAUGCUGGUGAAAAUGGAAUAACCAGAUUAGCUUCAGUAAGAUGCCCAAUUGGUUUGGCGUUUGAUAUUAUGAGACAAACAUGUGACUGGAAAGCAAAUGUUCCAAAUUGUGAUCAAAAAGAAAAACCAAGAAAAGCUUUACCAAACUUCAAAACAGAUGAACCAGUCUGUCCGGAAGGUAAACUUCAAUGUGGUAAUGGUGAGUGUAUUGACAAAGAAUUAUUCUGUAAUGGAAAACCAGAUUGUAAAGAUGAAUCAGACGAAAAUGCUUGCUCGGUUGACGAUGAUCCAAACCGCGCUCCAGAAUGUGAUCCAACACAAUGUGCUCUACCAGAUUGUUUCUGUUCUGCUGACGGUACACGUAUUCCAGGUGGUAUUGAACCACAAAAUGUACCUCAAAUGAUAACAAUCACUUUUAAUGGAGCUGUAAAUGUUGAUAAUAUUGAUCUAUAUGAAGAUAUCUUCAACGGACAACGUCAAAAUCCAAAUGGUUGUUCAAUAAAGGGUACAUUCUUUGUAUCACACAAAUAUACAAAUUAUUCGGCUGUACAAGAUUUACAUCGUCGAGGUCAUGAAAUAUCUGUCUUCUCAUUAACACAUAAAGAAGAUCCAAAUUAUUGGUCUGGUGGCAGUUAUGAUGAUUGGUUAGCUGAAAUGGCUGGUGCUCGUUUAAUUAUUGAACGUUUUGCAAAUAUUACUGAUGGUUCAAUUAUUGGUAUGCGUGCUCCAUAUUUACGUGUUGGUGGUAAUAAACAAUUUGAAAUGAUGGCUGAUCAAUUUUUCGUAUAUGAUGCAUCAAUAACAGCUUCAUUAGGUCGUGUACCAAUUUGGCCAUAUACAUUAUAUUUCCGUAUGCCACAUAAAUGUAACGGUAAUGCACAUAAUUGCCCAUCACGUAGUCAUCCAGUUUGGGAAAUGGUUAUGAAUGAAUUAGAUCGUCGUGAUGAUCCAACAUUUGAUGAAUCACUUCCAGGUUGUCAUAUGGUUGACUCGUGUUCUAAUAUUCAAUCUGGUGAACAAUUCGGUCGUCUUUUACGUCACAAUUUCAAUCGCCAUUACAAUAGCAAUCGUGCUCCAUUAGGUUUAAAUUUCCAUGCAUCAUGGUUAAAAUCUAAAAAAGAAUAUCGUGAAGAAUUAAUUAAAUUUAUUGAAGAAAUGUUAUCAGCACGCAAUGAUGUAUUCUUUGUAACAAUGUUACAAGUUAUUCAAUGGAUGCAAAAUCCAACUGAAUUAAAUUCAUUAAGAGAUUUCCAAGAAUGGAAAGAAAAGUGUGAUGUUAAGGGUCAACCAUAUUGUUCAUUACCAAAUCCAUGCCCAUUAACAACCAGAGAGUUACCCGGUGAAACAUUAAGAUUGUUCACAUGUAUGGAAUGUCCUAAUAAUUAUCCAUGGAUUUUGGAUCCUACUGGCGAUGGAUUCUCAGUUAAAAAAUAGAUAUUGAAAAGAAAAAAAAAAUUAUAAUAUAAAAAUAUAAGAAAAGAUUUUUUUUAACUAGAUAGUUCCACCGAGAGUCUGAUUUAUUUUUGAAAUUUGUUUAAUUUUUUUUUUUUUUUUAUUUUG